AUGGCCAAACGGAUAGUGCAAGGCGACCAGAUUGUGAAGCUCAUCGUGGGCGCUGGUGCGGCGUCUCCACAGCCCCCAGUCGGUCCAGCGCUGGGUAGCAAGGGCGUCAAGAGCAUCGACUUCUGCAAGGAAUUCAAUGCGCGAACAGCAAACUACGUCCCCGGCACGCCCAUUCCCGCUCGUGUGACGGUGCGGCCGGACAGGUCAUUUCACUUUGAGCUACGAACACCACCCACUGCAUCACUCCUCUUCGCAGCAGCUGGCGUUGGCAUCACGAAGAAUAAGGUCCGUGGGGCGGGCAAUGUGGCGGGUCCGAAAUCGAAAGCAGGACUGGCGGGCGCGGGAAAAGCGACUCAUUCUGGCGGCGCUCCUCCAGGCAAUAGUGGAAUGGGGACGGUGGGCAGCGUAAGCUUGAAGCACGUGUGGGAGAUUGCAAAGAUCAAGCAGAGUGAGACGAGGCUAUCUGGAACAACAAUGGAAGCCAUGGUGAAGAGUGUCAUCGCGCAAGCAGGAAGCAUCGGAGUGGUUGUGGUGCCUUAG